GGGUCUCGCCGUGCGGAACAGACGAUGUUCUGGUGGAUGGCACGCACAACAAACAUCUGACGACGGCUGACGGCGAUAAACGCCGGUCGGGCGCGUCGAGUUUGUACGCGAGCCCACGCGGCAGGCGGCAGGCAAAGCGAGGCGCCCGUGGACGAUGAGGAUGCGAGCUGACCAAGGGAUGAUUUCUUCCCAUGUUCUCCCCCGGAAUGGCCUCAUCAGCAUCAGCAUCAGCACCAGCACCAGCACCAGCAAUGGCAUCGGCAUCGGCAUUGGCGUCAUGGCCCGUCUCGGAGGACGGCAAGCCUAUCGGUGGGUAUGGUAAUGAGGCAUCUCGUCUAGAGCCAAGCCCGUGGGCGGAAAGGAGAGACAGAGGGUGUCAUGUGUGUGAGAGAUGUGCAGCAAGGUACUAACUUCGUGCACAAGUAAGUACGUGCUUGCAGCGCGACUACAUCUUAGUACGUACCGGCGAUUCUGCCAACGACCCGCGGCUUGCACAAAUUCUCUUGUCCCGGCCGCCGCCGCCGUCGCCGACAAGGCCGCUCCACCGAAACCCGAACCCGACCCGCAAACUUCCCCCCCUCCUCCUCCUCCUUACCUCAACUUAGACUAACCGGGAAUCGAUAGGCUCAGCAACCCGCAACCCACGACACCUCGACGACUCGCCCGCCCCAAGCAAGCAAUCCACCCGCAGGCACGAGCCAAUCCUGCUCUGUCCUGCACAAUUACUCUUGUCUUCUCCCCCUAACCCCGGCGGACGUUUAACUCGCCCGCACCGCGUCCCGAGCCUGUGGAACCCGGAGCCGACUGCAACAGCACCAUGUCUGCUGUCUGCUUUGCUCGCCCGCCCGACGGACGACGAUCCCAUCCAUCUCGGCCAAGCUCGCCGUGGGAGCAGUAGUGUAGUAGUAGUGGUAGUAGCAGCAGUACUAACUUUGUAGUUAAGGAUGGCCCUCCCCUCCCGCCUCGUCUGUCUGAGCCCUCCUCCUCCCUUGGCCGAUCCAAACCACUCCCCCGCCCUACGAACACGUCGCGGCCCCCCCGUCCGACGCGGGUGUCUAAGACCACUGAGCUUCAGAGUCGACACGAACGGCCCCUCCCGUCUCAGACGCACGGCUUCUGUCUACUAUUAAUAUCGCGCCAGCGUGCCCGUCCGGCUUGCUGCCCCUGGUUUGGAGGGGGACAAAAAUCGAAAACGGAAACGACUGUGUCCGCCGCCACUGCCGACGCCGACGCCGACGCCACGGCGCGCCGCGACCGUCAACGAGCCCCGACCCGUCUCAUUGUCGACGACAGGAACUCUUCAUCACGCAUUGGCGGACGGACAUUGCCGCAACAACACCAACAACAAAGGCACCCUCCCUUCCCCCACGGCGCAUCCGCAACACCAUGGCGGUCGCCUCGUCCUCAUCGUCGUCGACCACGGCCGCCGACCGCGAUGUCGAGGCCCAGCGGCAAGCACCACCCGUCGUCUCCCGCAAGUCGUCGCAUUGGAGCGUCCUGCUGGACCAUGCCGGCGUCGACGAUGCCGUCCUCGACCACAAGUAUCCCGGACACGGCACCGUUGAGUCGCCCUACCUCGUCGACUUCCUGCCCAGCGACCCGCGGAACCCCGUCACCUUUUCCAAGCCCUUCAAGUGGGCCAUAACCAUCAUCGCCGCCAUGUCCACCCUCGCCGUUUCCUUUGCCAGUUCCGCCUACUCGGGCGGCGUCUACGAGAUUGUCAAGGAUUUCGGUGCCUCUACCGAGGUCGUCAUCUUGGGCGUGUCCAUGUUCGUCCUCGGCUUCGCCAUUGGGCCCCUCUUUUGGGCGCCGCUGUCUGAGAUGUACGGCCGACAGCAUCUCUUCUUCUUCACCUACAUGGCCCUGACGGCCUUCAACGCCGGCGCCGCCGGCGCCCCGUCCAUGGCCGCCCUCAUUGUCCUGCGUUUCUUCGCUGGUGCCUUUGGCUCGUCCCCCCUGACGAAUGCCGGCGGCGUUAUCGCCGACCUGUUCUCCGCCAAUGAGCGCGGCAUCGCGACCAGCAUCUUUGCCAUGGCCCCUUUCCUGGGCCCUGCGCUCGGACCGAUCGCUGGUGGCUUUCUUGGUGAGGCCGAGGGCUGGAGAUGGGUCGAGGGCCUGACGGCCAUCUUCACCGGCGUCCUCUGGAUCAUCAACUCGCUCGUUUACCCCGAGACGUAUGCGCCCGUGCUGCUGCGAAAGCGCGCCGCCGCCCUUUCCGAGAAGACGGGCAAGGUCUACAUCUCCAAGCUGGACGAGGGCAAGCCCAAGACGAGCGUCGGUAGCCAGAUGAGGGUGGCCAUGUCCCGGCCCUGGGUCUUGCUGUUCCGCGAGCCAAUCGUCCUGCUCACCGCCAUAUACAUGGCCAUCAUCUACGGCACGCUGUACCUCUGCUUCGCCGCGUUCCCCAUUGUUUUCCAGCAGGGCAGGGGCUGGAAGCCCGGUAUCGGCGGCCUGGCCUUUGUCGGCAUUGCCGUGGGCAUGACCGUCGCGACGGUGGGCAGCAUCUUCGACAACGGCCGGUAUCAGCGCGCGGCGGCCAAGGCUGGCGGCAUGGCCCCUCCAGAGGCUCGUCUCCCCCCGGCCCUGGUCGGUUCCCUCCUGCUGCCCGUCGGACUAUUCUGGUUCGCCUGGACCAACGGCAACAGCGUCCACUGGGUGGUGCCCAUUAUCGGCUCCGGCUUCUUCGCUGCCGGCAUUGUCCUGGUCUUCCUGUCGCUCAUGAACUACCUCGUCGACUCCUACGUCAUCUUUGCCGCCUCUGUCCUCGCCGCCAACUCGGUUCUGCGAUCGCUAUUCGGCGCCAUCUUCCCCUUAUUCACCACGUACAUGUACCAAGACCUCGGCAACCACUGGGCCAGCUCCAUUCCCGCCUUCUUGGCCCUCGCCUGCGUGCCGUUCCCGUUCCUCUUCUACAAGUACGGCGCCCAGAUCCGCAUGAAGUGCAAGUUCGCCGCCGAAGCCGCGCACGUCCUCGAGAUGAUGCGCACCAAGCACACGCAGAUCACCGAGGAGGAGGCCUUGCACGAGGCCGACGACAUGGAAAGGGAGCGGCGCGAGAGCACCGCGCUGGAGAAGCAGCCGAGCAACGCGGGCCCACCACCGCAGCAACCGCAGGCGUCGUCCUAGUCCGGGCCUGGUGGGGGACGUGCGCAGACCCCGGCAGGUGGCCCAUCACAUCCUGGACCGGAAAAGGGGGGGGGGGGGGGACGACUCAUUGUCGCGUGCAUGCCCCUCUCUUUCAGGAUACCUACACAUCCACCCUUUAGGAUACACAUUCAUCUCUCUUCUUUCUUGCAUUUACGCGGCGUUUUGGGGGAAUACCAAUAGAUGGCGCCGAGGCGCGAGGACCUUAUAGAUUCGUGUAUAAUGAUCAGGGGGUGUGGCAUCUCGGCCCGCGAGGCGACGCAGGCGAGGAGGGGUGGUGGGGGUUGCAUAGGUUUUGACGCGUUGGCUUUCAAUGUGAGCCCUGGCAUUGGCACACGAGCAUAGCAUGGCACGGCAUAUAACAAACAUGACGUCGAGGGCGACACGUCUCUGGGCUCUUUGGUCUGCGUGCCCCGCUGCUCGAUCAUGCUUGCAGCGCUUCCGAAGCACACUGAGAUAUGAGGGUCCUCUGAUGCGAUGCUGAUCGAUGAUGGCGAAGGAGUCAGCUAUUCAUGGUUCUAGUUGAGAGUGGGCGCUGAGCGCUCGGAGGCGACAUCAAGAGGUACCUAUAUAGAGGUUGCCAAGUACGGCGAAGUAGGUACCAAGUUACUAGGUAGCUGAAGUAGCAUCAACCUACUAGGAAGGGAGCAACUAAUGCCCAACGUUCAAG